ACAGACUAGUGACGUCAUGUGCCCCGGAAGUUGUUUCUCUUUACCUAACGGACGAGGUCGUAAUGGCAGCUCGCUGCAUGUGAAGGGUCGAGACGAGGAGCCGGCUUUAUGAGUCGAGAACAUGUAUAAAACACCAUGUAGCAGACUGUCAGGGCUGAUUGGUGUAAGCGUGAAACAGAAAUUAGUUAAAAAUGUUCAUCAAUGUAACCAGACUGCUCGCAGCCUUAUUCAGCUGCACAGAAGAGAUCCAUCAAACUGGCUGACAUACCAGCACCUCAACUUCCUGAAACGCCAGUAUGUAACAAAGAACAAGAGUGAGCUUCACCAACGUGCCAUCCCGAAACAGGCUCCCGCCCUGACCAUUGUGGAUGAGCGAGAUGACAGCAUUGAAAGACAGGUGCAAAGAAUAUCAACUAUUAAUCCUGUGGUAACAGAUACUGUUUCACAGCCAGAGGAUGAUAUCACCAGUAAAGCACAGCCUGGAAUAUCCACCUUGGAGCCCAACACAGAAGAUGCGGAAGUACAAAAAGAGUCUGUGUCCAGUUUGGUUGGUACUUCAGAUGAGACUCCGCACAUCCAGGUGGAGACGGAGCGGGCAAAGGAGGAACGUCUAGACAGACAGUGGAAGGAGCUGAAGGUCGAUGUGGCUGAUUUGCCAGAUGUCUAUGCCAAGCUUGCCAAAAUCAAACUCACAGCACUGGUGGUUACAAGUGCAGCAGCCGGCUUUGCAAUGGCUCCAGUGCCCUUUGACCCCCUCAUCUUCUUCGUGUCUCUUCUGGGAACAGGCCUCGCCUCUUGCACUGCCAAUUCAAUCAACCAGUACUUUGAGGUGCCCUUCGACUCCAACAUGAACCGCACGAAGAACCGCCCGCUCGUCAGAGGACAAAUCAGUCCCCUCCAUGCGGUGUCCUUUGCUCUGGCCUGUGGUAUUCCCGGAGUCGCUCUGCUCACGCUGGCGGUAAACCCCCUGACGGGCUUCCUGGGCGCCCUCAACAUCUUCCUCUACACCUGUUGCUACACACCGCUCAAGAGGCUCAGCAUCACCAACACUUGGGUGGGAGCAGUGGUGGGGGCGAUACCUCCCAUCAUGGGCUGGACGGCUGCCACUGGUUGUCUGGAUCUAGGUGCUCUGUUGAUGGGCGGCUUCCUGUUCUGCUGGCAGUUCCCCCACUUCAACGCCCUCAGCUGGAACUUGAGGGAAGACUACUCCCGCGGCGGCUACCGCAUGAUGUCCGUCACUCACCCUGGCAUGUGCAAGCGGGUGGCCCUGCGCCACAGCCUGGGCCUCAUCGGCCUGUCCACCGUGGCGCCCGUGCUGGACGUCACCACCUGGACCUUCCCCGUCAUCUCCUUACCCAUCAACCUGUACAUCAGCUACCUGGCCUUCCGCUUCUACCGCAAGGGGGACCGCAGCAGCGCCCGCAAGCUGUUCUUCUGCAGCCUCUGGCACCUGCCCAUGCUGCUGCUGCUGGCGCUCACCUGCAAGAAGCCUCGGAGGGAUCGGGAGGAACCGGCUCUACCUCCGGCUGCUUCACCGCUCGCGCUGCAGAGCUAGUUUCAUAGAUGCCUGAACGCUUCUGAGAGCUUUAUUUUAACUCCAUUAACCACUUGUUGUGCUUCGGAGGGGUCGCGAUGACGGACGCAUUAUUUUAUCUGUGUUUAACUGAAGCCACUGGCGCUCACUGCAGGAAAUGAGCUGGAAAUGAUUUGGAUCAAAACAACUGAUUUACAGAAAACAAACACACGUCAGGUUGUAAUCAUUUCACAGUGUGUGUGCUGUACAUAUUCUGUAUUUAUUUAUAAAGUGGUUCCUCUCCAUGUUGUACAUGACUGAUGUUAUAUAUCUUGUACAGUAUGAAAUUGCUCCUAUGGAUCCACACGGGGAUCACUGUCUGCGUUGUACAACAGGAUAUAUAUAUAAUGGACAUGAAUACAUCAUGUAAAUCACAAGUUUGAUUUUCAGUCCGCGUAUGAAAAUAGGAAAAAUAUGAACUCUUUGAAGCAGCUGUGACACUUGAUAUCCGUUCAUUGUGUUUGGACUUUAACUUGAUCCCUGAUACUUGACGGUUAGUAAGCCUCAUUGUGUUUUGCUAUUCAUGCAAAUGUACUGAUGGGUCUUUAAUCAUGUUCAUAAUAAUGGUUUAAUUCAACACGGUUCGCCUGCACCAAAGCAACGGGAAUAUAGCUGACCCCGGUAUGGGGGGAAAUGUUCUCUAACAAUAAACGCGUCAUGAUUGUAA